AACGUAUAUAGAAAAAACAGACAAGAAAAACAAAGUAAAAAACGGCUAAUUAUUAGCUGUGUACUUGAGAUGCGCAUCUGUUGCUUGCUGGUUAUUCAAAUUUCAGUUAUUUUCGAAGUCAAAAUUUUAUAACAACCCCUUCUUGUAGUCUUCUUCUCCCCCACAUCCAUUGAGCUACAAAGCCUAAGCCAUUCCAUUACAUCUUGAUCCCGAAGCUUCUCUUCGAUACCCAACUCUCUUUUUUUUUUUACUUCUCUAAAAAUGAGUCAACAAAAGUCACAAAUGGAUUACUGGGACGCCCAAUGGCGAGGCUACAAGAGAAACGCGUCUAGCUUCUGCGAGACACAUCCUUUCCUGAUAAACUCGCAAGGGGUAUGGGAGAUAUUGGGUAACAAGGCACAAGGGAUGAGCUUCUGGGAAUAUCCACUUCCAAAUCUCGAGAUCAUAAUAUUUUCGACUUUUGUAAUUUGGCGGCUCUUUGAUUUCACAUGCAGCAAGAUCGGUCUUCGAGUACCUAGAUUCACUUAUAUGAUGAUCGCGGGGGUAAUCUUAGGCCAAACUUGUUACGUAAACAACAAGUCAUGGCUUCACAACAUAUUUUUUCCUGAUGAUGGCCGACCAAAGGUCGCCGAGACACUGGGGGCCUUCGGGUUCCUUUUAUAUUGGUUCCUAAAGGGUGUGACAAUGGAAGCUGGAACAGGAUUGAGGAUGGGUAAAAAAGCUGGUGUGAUUGGUUUCACCACAAUGUUUGCACCCUUGAUCUGUGGCAACUUCUUGUUCAGAUGGAGAAAAAGAGGCAAUAUAAGCGUGUUAAUUACAGAAUACAGGUUGAUCAUAUUCAUGCAAAGCAUAUCUGCCUUCACAAGCAUCGACACACUCUUAAAAGACCUUAAGAUAAAACACUCGGAGUUUGGAAGGAUAGCACUUGCCGGGUCCAUGGUGACCGACAUGUUGGCUUUUAUCAUAACGUUUUUGAAUGCCAUGCAUUAUGAAAAAUAUGACGGAUUGCUGCAAACCGUAUUUAGCUGCUUAUUUUUCGCCUUUAUGGUAUUUGUCAUGAGGCCAGCUAUGUACUGGGUGAUCAAGCAGACUCCAGAAGGGAGGCCGGUCAAGGAUUUCUACAUCUACUUAAUUUUGGCGCUUGCUUGCUUAUCCUUCAAAUAUUUUGUCGCGAUUCAUUCGUAUGGACCCGCGGGAUCGUUUGUUUUUGGCUUGUCUGUUCCCAACGGAUAUCCUCUAGGUUCUGCUUUUGUUCAAAAGUUUGAGAGCUUUAAUCUUGGUGCUUUAUUUCCACUGUUUGGAUCAUUGACUAUGAUGCAAGUGGAUGUCCCGUGGUUAUUGAAAGAGUGUGGAAAUCUCAUACGCAUGGAGGGUCAGCUUUAUGAGGUUGUUUCCUUUAUUCUUUUUGUGAAUGCCACAAAGUUCACCGCUUCCACCAUUGCCGCAUAUUCUUUUAAAAUGCCUUUAAGAGACUCCUUUGCUCUAGCCCUUGUUUUAAAUAACAAGGGGGUCUUCGAGCUCGCCUACUUCGCGUAUGCAGUUGAAACAAAGAAAGUAAGGCCGGAGGUUUUCACAAUCGUUGCUGCAAUCAUCCUCUUAAACUCCAUCUUCAUACCAAUGGCCUUGGAGCUAGUCCAUGACCCCUCCAAGAGAUUCAAAAGCUACCGAAAAAGGAAUUUGGCAAUCUUGAAAGACGGCGCAGAACUCCAAUCUCUUGUGUGCAUCUACAAACCUGAUAACAUAACUUCAAUGAUAAGCCUUUUGGAAGCUUUUAACCCCUCGAAAGAUUCUCCAAUGGCGUGCAACGUACUCCACCUCAUCGCACUUGUGGGUCAAGCCACUCCUACGUUCAUUUCCCACCAGUUGCAAAAACCGGAGCUCGGAAGUAUCUCUUGUUCAGACAAUGUCAUAACCUCCUUCCGUCGCUUCCAACAAAAAAUCUAUCAAUAUACAUCAUUGGAUAUAUUCACUUCCGUCUCCAUGACCAAACACAUGCAUGAGGACAUUUGUUGGCUAGCCCUAUCGAAAAGCAUGACUCUGAUUCUGCUUCCUUUCCACCGAACCUGGUCUGUUGAUCGAUCAACGGUUAUCUCUAACGAUGAUAAGCUGAGAAUAAUAAACAUUAAUGUCCUGAGACGAGCCCCUUGCUCUGUUGGAAUCUUCAUCUAUCGCAAACCCAUCGUGGAAUAUCAUAUGACUGCCUACCACUCCAAGAUAUGCCUGAUAUUUAACGGUGGAAAGGACGAUAAAGAGGCUUUGGCGAUAACGAACCGACUGAGACUGACGGAUACACGUAUAAGCUUGACUAUCAUAAGAUUCACUCCAACAUUUUCUGAAAUGAAGAACGAGGGGAUGGAGGAAGCCUUCCAAAUGGUUAGCCUAGAGGAGACCGUGAGUAACUUCGUCAAGGAAAAGGAUGAAUCUGUGACAUAUAUCGACAAAGCGAUUUCAGAUGGAUCUGAGACCUCCAAGAUCUUGAGAGCAAUGGGAAAUGAUUAUGAUUUGUUCAUAGUCGGGAGAAGCAGCGGACUAGGUACUGAAGCUACUAGCGGACUCAGUGAGUGGACAGAGUUCGAGGAACUGGGACCCAUUGGAGAUUUGUUAGCAUCACAUGAGUUUCCUUCUAGAGCAUCAGUAUUAGUUGUAAAAAAACAAGAAUACAUUCAUCAUACCAAAAGCCAGAAAAGGAGAUCCAAGCGAUGCAUGUGA